AUGUCAGCAGUAGCAACAUUCGAUAAAGAGGCCCUCGCGCAGGCGGCAGCGACGAGCGAUAGAGCUACGCGUCGAAAUCUUAUUGUUGCCCUCCGCCGGAUGGCUGACUCCUUGGAAGAUAGUAUCGGUACAAUGCACAGAUAUGCGCACAUUGAGCAAGAGAAGGCCAUGAUCCAGGUAGGCCUCGAUUUAGGAAUCUUCAAAGUCCUAGCCAAGGCCAAUGGUGCAAUGACGGUCGACGAUGUUGCCAAGGAGACAGGGGCCGAUCCGCUAUUAAUGAAGCGAAUCUUACGGUUCUAUAACGCCAUCAACGUCGCACGAGAGGUAGGCCCGCACCAAUAUGAAGCCACCAACAUCACGCACAACUUGACCGAGGAAUUCUGCACAGUUGGCCUGAGCCAUUUCUGGGGCUUCGUAGCCAAGCAGUACCCGUUCAUCCCCGAGUUCCUCAAGGAGAACGGGUACCAGAACACGACGGACCCGAAGCACACGGUCUUCCAAAAAACAUGGAACACGCCAAAAACACCCUUCGAAUUGAUGCCCACUCUCCCGGAAGCCAUGGACGACUUCCACACGUACAUGGCGCUGCGGCGGCAGACCGAGCUCUCCUGGCUGACCGUGUACCCGGCGCGCUCAGAAGCAGCCGGGCUAACGGACCCUCAGCGGCCGCUGUACGUCAACAUCGGCGGCGGCAUCGGCCACCAGUGCGCGCAGUUCCGGGAGAAGUACCCGGACAUGCCGGGGCGCGUGAUCCUGCAGGACCUGCCGGACGUGGUGGCGCGCGCGCUGCCGACGCCCGGCGUCGAGAACAUGGCGUACGACUUCUUCGAGCCGCAGCCCGUGCGCGGCGCCAAGUUCUACUUCAUGCGCGGCGUGCCGCACAACCACCCCUCGCACCGCGUCAAGGUGAUCUUCGAGCGCGUGCGCGAGGCCAUGGCUCCUGACUCCGUGCUGUUGGUCGACGAGGCGAUGCUCCCGGCUACGGAUGUGGGUUAUGUUGCUGCUUCCAUUGAUCUGACUAUGAUGGGUGGCUUCGCGAGCAUGGAGCGCACGGAGGAUGAUUGGCGCGACCUUGCUGAGAGCGCUGGGCUCGAGCUGGUUCGGACUUUUACGUAUAAUGCGCUCGAGCACGAGACUGUUAUGGAGAUGCGGUUGCCGCGUGGGAAUAAUGCGGUUAGCCGACACUAG